AGGAGGGAGGGGAGCGGGCGCCCGGCACACAGAAGAGCCGCAUGUGGCUCGCGAUCUGCGGCUUGCCGACCACCUGAGUCCUUGCCGCCCGAGAGGAGGGAGGGGAGCGGGCGCCCGGCACACAAGAGCCGCAUUAAAGCGUGUAAAGAGCCGCAUGUGGCUCGCGAGCCACGGCUUGCCGACCACUGCCAUAGAGCAUCUGUGGAGAAAUCUCAAAACAGCAUUGGGAAAAGGAACCCUUCCAAUCUGAGUGGCCUGGAGCAGUUGAUGAAAGAA